AGGCAGAAACAUCUCUUCCUCGCCUCCUUCCUCCUCCUCCUCGCCCUCUUCUCCUGCUGUGAAACAUUUGACAGCUUUGAUCUGCCUCUCGCCAGAACCUGAAGAAGAUAUCAAGGCUCCUGCGGUUGCCUUUAAUCUUAUUUGCUCUGCAGAAUCGCUUGGCGCCGCUGCUGGCUGCUCCCCCGGGUCCUUGCAGCCCGGCCCUGGCGCUGUCCUCCCGUAGGUGAACAUCCAAGGAGCAGGCAAGGCCCGCACCUUCUGCCCCUCCUUGCCCCUCCCCACCCACUCAGCCGUGUGUUUGUGUGUACGUUAAUACCCGGGCAAGGGCCGCCGCUGGGCUCUCUUUGUGCGUCUUCAAUUCCUUAUUUGGCACGUCUCCUAUUGCUCUCCGCUGCCACCAAAGCAGCCCUCGGAGCGCUGCGCCGCAUGCAAAACGAUCCAGAGCACCACAGAGACAGCAGAAAGCCUCGCUUUUCAAAAUCAAUACAAUUCUGCAAUGAAGAAGCCGGAGGAGGAGGAGGCACCUCGGGCCACCAGUAGCUUCGGGGGCUCACGCUCUCCCGUCCCCGGCCCCCAGCAGCCCCUCGCAGUCUGGAGUCCCCGGUUCAAUCCUUGCAGCCGCCUGCACACAAAAGACUGACUCUCGGAGGUUCCCGAGCUGGGAAAGGCCCGAGGCCUCGGCGACAGGCUAGGCGGGUCAGCUUCGCGCGUUGCGCUAAAGAAACCCGGCUCUAUUGGGGCAUUAGCGUGUCACUGAGGCGGAGCGCAAAGAUGGGUGUCAUCCUAAGGGUGCUUCACAAAGCGCUGGAUGCGUACUCCUCCGAUAGGAGGCUGCGCGCACUGCGCUGGCGGUGCGGUGCGCGAGAAGGACCAGGCCGGCUCAGGCAAGCUGCGCAGUAGUGCGUAAUGUUGGUGGCCCUAGAGCAGGAGGAGAAGGAGGAAGGCAUAGAGCGGAGCCGGAGGCUGCAUCGGCAGCCACGGAGCCUCCUUGCGCAAAGGAGCCAACUGUUUGUCCGGGCGUCUGAUGCCCCGCACCCUGGAGACCCAGAUCACCAUGGAGAAAACGCCCAGCUACUUUGUCACACGGGAAGCCCCCCGGCGGAUCUUCAACAUGUCUCGGGAGACCAAGCUGAUUGUGGUGGUGCGCAACCCGGUGACGCGGGCCAUCUCCGACUACACCCAGACGCUCUCCAAGAAGCCUGACAUCCCCACCUUUGAGGGCCUCUCCUUCCGCAACCGCAGCCUGGGCCUGGUGGACACUUCUUGGAGCGCCAUCCGCAUCGGCCUCUACGCCCUGCACCUGGAGAGCUGGCUCCAGUACUUCCCGCUCUCCCAGAUGCACUUUGUCAGCGGCGAGCGGCUCAUCACCGACCCGGCGGGGGAGAUGGGCAAGAUCCAGGACUUCCUGGGCAUCCAGAGGCUCAUCAGCGAGAAGCACUUCUAUUUCAACAAGACCAAGGGCUUCCCCUGCUUGAAGAAGGCCACCCCCGGAGGCACGUUGCCGCGCUGCCUGGGCAAGUCCAAGGGCAGGACUCAUGUCCAGAUCGACCCCGAGGUCAUUGAGCAGCUGCAGGACUUCUACCACCCCUACAACGUCAAGUUCUACGAGACGGUGGGCCAGGACUUCCGAUGGGAAUAAGCACUUGGACAGGGAGCAGCUGUGUUGUUUUGGGGGGAGAGGGGUGUUUCAUACAAACAUAGGAAGCUGCCUUAGACUGAGUCAGACCAUUGCUCCAUCUAGCUCAGUAUUGUCUGCACUGACUGGCAGUAGUGGCUCGACAGGGAUUCAGGAAGGGGACAUUCCUAACCCUUCCUGAGAUGCUACAGGAGAGGAUUGAAGCUGGGACCUUCCGCAUGCAACGCAGGUUGCUCUGUCACUGAACUACGGUCCUUCCCCUUAGGAAUAAAGACCCCAGUCCCGAUUAUUCUGAAUGAACGUAGGAAGCUGCCUUCUGCUGAGUCAGUGUCCAUCUAGCUCAGCAUUGUCUACACUGACUGGCAGCAACGGCUCUCCAGGGUUUGCAGGCAGGAGUCCCUCCUAGCCCUUUCUGGAGAGGCACCAUCGGGCAUCGAACCAAGAACCUUCUGCUUGCAAGGCAGGUGCUCCAACCCCUGAGCUACGGCCCUUCUCCCUCCACCCCCUCCACUGGGCUGCCUUGGCCUUCCUCUUGGCCCAUGGCAAAUGGUUGGCAGGAGCAAACAUCCUGAAGUGCCAAGGGGUGCCUGUCACCACCACCACCCUGACUUCACUGGUUUGUGGCCACACACUGCCAGUGCCUCCUCCCCUGGUUGCAUUUUUGCACAUGGGCAGCUGGGCUGGGGGAGUUCCAGAAGGUCCCUUUGUUUGGUGCAAUGAGGGUGUGUGAUGCCCAAGGAUGGAUUUUAUUUUUUAAUAAUGAUAAUACAUGCAUAUAUAUAUUAUAUAUAUACAUAAAUAUAGUCUAUAAAUCAAUAUCACUGCCUAGGCACUACUUGGCACCUGAGAUAUCCAGGGUUUCUGGUUUAAGACCCUUCAGAGCAGCCCUCAGGCAAAGGAGCCAGAAUGUGAGAUCUGGGGGAGCCAUGGUGGGGGUGCCUACUCUUCCACCUUCUGAAAAAGUGAAAGGGGUCCCACACCUUCUCAGGGGGUGUCAGCCUCAUGCCAAAGGACUGGGCCCCUCUGCUCCUUCUCUUUGGGGGGCUUUUGCGUGAGCCCUGUGUCUCUCCCUGCCCCCCACGCACCGUCCUGUUACGACAUUUCUGUCCUGUGAAUAAAGCACAGAUUUCUGCUGUUACGGGUACUUCAGGCACAGUCCCUUCUCCCUGUUCAGGAUGUGACCCGCCCCACCCUCCUUGUCCCCUCCUCCUGUGAAAUAAAAUAAUGCAAACAUC